UGGAAAGAGCUCCGAAUUCUCAUAAUUUAUUUAAGAAGUUUUCAAUGAUAUGCAACAUUCUUCCCUAUUUUGGCUAUUUAGACCAGAAUUAUCAGAUGAUGUCUCAGUUGUGUAAGGAGUCGAGGGAGUGCUGGAUGAGCAAUGAGGCUGCUUUUUGAUUGAAAGCAUUGACUGAUCGAAGGAGACAACUCGCAUUUGCUUUUACUUACUCUGAAAAGAUCAAUGAUCGCACAGCUAAGGAUAUUAUUAAAUUUAUUCAAAAGUUCCCGAUCCUAUAUAAAAUUUUCAAACUCCCUAAUUUGAAGUUUACUUCAGGAGAUGAAGUUAAUAAUUUCCUGAAGUUUGCUGAUAAGAUAAACAACGAGUUUUUAAGAUUUACCCAUGUUAAUUUUGAUGACUGCAAACUAGAGCAGAAAUUUUAUGAGGACUACUCUGCACUACUCGAUUCAAAAGGUCUUGAAGAGAAGAAACAGCAGAUUCACACAUAUUAUAGUAGUAAAGGGGUGAUGAUCAAUCUGGCUAAUCCUAAUAUGACAACCAAGUUAGAUUUAUCUAUUCCUCAGGUAUUAGCUAUCGCUUUGAUGAAUCCUGAAACUAACGUAUCCAGUGAUGAACUGGACCAACUCGAUCCUAAAUUAAAGUCUCAUGUGACUUCUUUGGGUAUAAAUUAUCUUAAAAAUGACAAUGACUACAUGGGCAUCUGUUCAAGAGUUAAAGUGCUCGUCAACUGGUUUGACAACAUUGAAAAUUUGAAGUUUAGCUUCCUUGAAGCACCUCCUUCGUGUGUCAAUAAUAUCUUGCUAAAUUUUUCAGGACUUGUUAAUACCAUCGAAAUAAAGGUGAACAAAAAUCAUCUCCCGAGGACGACUAUCGAAGCAAAGAAUUGCUAUCUGCAGUGCUGUUACUACAGCCACCAAAAGAUGGAGGCUGAGAAUAAAGUCUUCUUUGCCAAGAAGGUGACUUUUGCUUCUCCCCCUGAGGGCUUAAACAAUAACAAGGAAGAGAAUUGGCAGAAUAUCAAGGACUUCUCCUUCCUUAGGAUAGAAGGUAUCAGGGAAUUAGAGAUAGAGGAAUCUAAUGUUCUUGAGACUCAAUUCAGAGCUAGUCUUGAUCACAACCAUUUCUGUGUUACUAAAAGGGAUAUAGUCGGUGCAUCGACUAAUAAGUUCUUAGAUUCUGAUGUUCUUGAACAGUUCCCAAAUGCGAUGUUCACUUUUGAUAUAUCUAAGAAGGCAAAUGAUAGCAUGGCUAUUGAGAGAUCAGUUUUUGAGGAAGCAAAGAAGGUUGAAGAGUAUGAUGACUCGACUCUGUUUGGUAUUCUCUCUCUUCGAACAGAAUUUGGAGAAAUAGAGCCUAUUUUACAAACCUUCGCUUCAAAGAAUUUGAUAUAUUUGGAAAUUGAGCUCCUUAAGAGUGAGAAAUCGAGCGAAGUAACUGCUAUCCAAGCACUUCAUAAGAUUAUUCAGGACAAUGAUACACUUAGGGAAAUUGAAGUCUCUCUACAUAAUGAAACAAGUGUAAUUUCUAUUCUGGACUCUUGUGAGAACAAGCCUAAUAUUGACUGAAUCACUAUCGCUUCCAGUCAAGAUUUAUCUAAGAGAGUCAAAAGUCAUGUACAAGAAUAUAAGAAGAGGAACAUUUUCAAAACAGUGAAGGUCUAUAUUUCAGAAGUGAAAGCUGAGAAAUCAAGGUGUAUUAUCUUCUAG